UUACAGGCAAUAAAUGAUUUGAGAAUGAAUCCUAGUGAUAUUCUUAACUAGACAUUCGUUCUUUGUGAGCUGAAGUGAUUUUCAAAUCUAUCCACUUCGACAAACUUUUGUGAAUGGUGGAUGGAUCUUUUUCUUUAAAUGUUAGAUGAUUAAUUUCAAUUUUAAAUGUGAAUAUUCUUAAUAGAUGUAAAGCUUCAGAGUUUUGGUAGAAUUCAAAAAUUAACCCCUCGUACAUCACAGGUGUAUAUACAUCAUGCUCACUAGGACCUAUACGGGUGUUGCACUUAAGUUUAGGGAAUCAUAUUUUAAUGCAUGAUAGAAGAUUUUUAAAAUAUUUAAAUAAGAUUAUUUGCUCAAAUGAUUGCCGCUAAAGUUUAAGCAAAAUUUCAUUUAGGGGCCUACGAACGUCUUAUGUCCACUUGUACAAGUGUUGUGAAUCCAGUGGCGUUACAAGUUCUCCACCCUUCAUCAUAAGUGAGCUAAUCUAUUCGACGUGAUAACCCGACAUUAGAAGUUUCCUAUUUCAGUCCACCAGCAAUCCAUAAUUUUCACUACAAAUUCCCUGCUUAUGCUUGCAGGUGAGUCAUAGUGCUGCGUUACAGGUCGCUCAUUGCUUCUUGCAGGCAAGUUGUCAUGCAAUGCAAGAUUUGUUAAGUUUGUUUGUAGAUCAACAGUAGACAUUAAAAAAUCACUAGUUGUUGCAUGGUGAACUGUAUUCAGCAUAACAUCCUCCAGCAUUGCUCGUGGGCGAGAUUGUUGUUUGCAUUUCAAGUUUACUUGCCAUUUUAACUUGUAUGCAGGCUAUUAUAUACAUAAUGAGUCAUCUUUUCUUGCUUGCAAGUGUUGCUACUGAUCACUUUCUGCUUCCUACAGGUGGGUUGUUGUGCUGUGCAAACUUCAUCAUCAUUGUUUGUGGACAGGCAAUAGGCAUUUAGAAGUCACCAGCUCUGGUCACUGCCCAUGAGUGGGCUGCAUUAAGCGUAAAUCUCCUAAUCUAGCUUGCAAGUAGGAUUGUUGUAUGCAUCACAAGUUCAUGCUUUCUACCAUAAGCCCAUUACCUCAACUUAUAGGCAAGUUGUAGGGUACAUCACAAGCUUGUGCUUUCUAUCAGUGUGCGGACCAAAUUUGCCACAAGCCUACGAAUCUUCUGACUCAUAGGCAGAUAGUGGUGCACAUAACAAGCCUCCUACAGUUGCUCGUAGGUGCUCGUAUUCAUCAAAAUUUUAUUGCCUUUAACUGUAGACAGUGUGUUGUGUUCAUUGUCAUUUCCUCGGACACGCUUGUGGAAUCACAUUCAUUGUACAUCAACUGCCAUUGUUUAUAGGGAAUCAACAUAUUCAUUUGCAAGCUGGCUGAUAUUGAUCGUAGGGAUGCUCUUACAUUCGUUGCAUAUUUUUCAGGCUCUUAUAUUCGUUGCAUAUUUUACAUGUUUUGCUCAUAAGCAUAUCUUGGUUAGCAAGUCGUUGUAUUCAUUGCAUGUCAACCUCCUUUAUUUGCCUAAGGUUAGUGUAUUUGCUUGCAUGAUUGAUGUGAAUGUUAUGCAUCAACUACUAUCUUUCAUAUGUGAUUUGCAAUGCUUGUUGAGAGAUUUUGUGCAUUAGAUUACACAUUCUCCUAGAUUCCUGUUGAUCAUUGCUUGCAAGCAAACUGUCUAAAAAUUUAUCCACAAUGAACCUCCUGCUUCAUUUAUGUUCGUUUGAGUGACUAAGACUAUUAUUUAACAUUUGUAUUUUUAUCGUGAUUGUACAUUAAUUAGUUUAAGGUCCAAGGUCUAGUUCCCAACUAAUUAGUUUAAGUUAUGUUCCAAGUUAUUUUAACAAGUCCGGUUCUCUAUCAGUUCAAAUUUUUGACAGCCUCGCGACGUCUCCCCCGUUUAGAAAAAUAUUUUAGAGUCUAGGCUUGCCCACCACGUCAAGAAAGACAUGCAUAAUCCGUGUCGAGCAACACCACAACCAUGAUCUUCUACCUCACCACACCAAGAAAGGCGUGCAUGGGUUGCAAUGGUACCUAUGCAAAAGACUUGCAAAUUUCCCCGCCGGCCUAAAAGCACGUACGGGUACUUAAGUUUUACCUUGCCACGCUAAAAAAAGAAUGCACAAGGCUCACCUACCUCGUCGCAAGCGUCACACUAAGCUCCCUCCCACCACGCCAACAAAAGCGUGCAUAUAUAUUCCGCUCAUUGCACCAUAAGAACCAAAAACGGAAUUUGGGGGAUUUUUAAGUUUAGAGAAUAUUAUACCCUGUGCGAGAGUCGACGACGACAGUAUUGAGGCGACGAAGACGACUUAAACGCGCACAGAUCUUUUUUAUUUUUCUCUUUUUUUUUUGUUUUUUUUUAAUAUUAAUAAUAAUAAUAGAGAGUUGAAAAGAGUAAGGGAAUUUAGGGGUUGGUUUGGGAUUGCUGUUGGAGGAGGUUGUAGAUGAAGAAAGUGAGACUGCUAUAGCUUGUUAGGUGGAAUAUGUGAAAUCAUAGGGCUAAAGUUGGAAUUUUCACUGGCUGUUGGAGGAGUAUGGGGCAACAGUGAUAGUGUGAAUAGGAUGGCGAGUUGAGUGGUUUGUUCAGCAAUAGCUGUAGGGAGGAACAACUCCUUGUGCGAAUUCGGUGGUUUGGACUGCAGAAGGCUGGAAGUUGGUUUUGGGGGUGGGAGAUUGAGGCUGGUAGGUUGUUUUUCUUGAAGAGGAGUUCGAGAGCUCUGUUUAAAAUUGCGCAAUGAGAGGCGCGCCUUUGCGCAAUUCCUCCCAAAAACGCCUCAUAACCUAUGCAAUUCUGGGCUUUCAAGAGGCGUACGCCUCACUGGGGCUGAGGCGCACCUCAGAGGCGCAAUUGCGCAACUCCUUGUGAGGCGUACGCCUCUCUGGGUAGGGUCCACUCACUUAAAAUGAGCUCUUUUUCUCUCCUUUCACCCGUAUCCUUCAGCACACCCGACGUUUCUCCCUCCCGCACGCUCCAGGUCGCGACUCCGAGUUCCCGCACGCCGUCUGAUAAUGAGUGGUUCAUAGAUGAUGAGACAGAUUUGCCAUUAUCAGACUUAAAGUUAGAAGAUCUAAGUGUGGAUGUCUUGAGGGGAGAAGCAGAUCAAGUUGGCACAUCCACUAGUACUGCAGUUGGCACAUCCACUAGCUCUGCAGCACAACAAUCAAGUAAAGGGAAGAGAAAAGUGAGUCAUGUUGAAGAUGAAGAUGACAUGGCAUUCAUAGAUAUAAUUGGAGAAGAAUAUUCACUUGAAGACCCAUUUAGUGAUGGGAUAUGAUUUCAUUUUAUAUGUUUUUUGUAUUUUGGGAGUUUUGUUAAACUAAUAUUUUGUGAUUUUGUACUUUGGGACAUGAUUUUAUUGCAUCUACU